AUGCCGACCACAGCCGAGGAUCAUCAAAGCAAACAUCCCGAUCUGGAAUGGCACCAGCUACCAACCCCAGAAGCUCACCCACGCUACACCUAUCGUGGCUUUCAACCCGGCAGAAGCAUUCUUACUACUGGACAUUUUCGGUCUCCGGGUUGGCGUCCAUUUACUGCAGAUACCAUCCUGGACAAUGAUGUCUCGAUUCCGAUGCGCGACGGAAUCAAGCUCUACGCGGAUAUCUUUCGUCCUUGUUCAUCCGAGGGUGGGAGGCAGACGGUCCCAGCAAUCAUUCCUUGGAGCCCAUACGGCAAAACAGGAAACGGAUGCCUUAAUUACGACAACAUCGCACCCUUUCGUGUCGGGUUGCACUUGAACCAAACCUCAGGUUAUGAGAAGUUCGAGGGACCUGAUCCUGCAGAUUGGGUGCCUCGCGGAUAUGCGAUCAUCAAUAUCGAUGCGAGAGGCGCCGGUGACUCGGAAGGGAACAUGGUCUUCUGGGGCCAGCAAGAAGCGGAGGAUAUCUACGAUGCAAUCGACUGGAUUAGCAAGCAAACCUGGUGCAACGGUUCUGUCGCCAUUGCCCAGAUCAACUUUGCUUCUCAUCUGGAGCAUCCUGCACUAAAAGCGAUAGCACCAUGGGAAGGGAGGAAUGAUAUGUAUCGGGAUUCUCUUGCAAGGGGGGGCAAGAAGCAUAACGCGGGGUUCCAAAAGUUUAUCCUGGCUGGAUUUGCUGGGCGGAAUUCUGUAGAGAAUAUGCCCCUGAUGUUGGAGAAGAGACCACUGUUCGAUGACUAUUGGGAGAGCAAAUAUAUGAACACUGAGAGAAUCAGUAUCCCAACCUAUGUUGUUGCAUCCUUUUCGUCUAUGCUGCAUAGCCGGGGCUCAUUUGAGACUUUCCGUUCUGCUAGCUCCUGCCAAAAAUGGCUGCGAGUUCACCCAUACCAAGAGUGGUACGACUUCUACCGAGGGGAGAUGGUUGAUGACCUCCAAAGGUUCUUUGAUAGAUUCUUGAAAGAAGCUGAAAAUGGCUGGGAAGUUGAUACUCCCCCUGUUCGAUUGUCCUUGUUGGGCUUCGAAGCAAGCGGUGGAAUUACGAAGACCAUUUGCGAACGACCGGAACUUGCAUGGCCUCUGCCUCGACAAACACUGAAGAAGUUCCAUUUGAAUGCAGCGCAAAUGGUGCUUCAACCCCAACAACCGCAUGAAACAUCAUCUGUCUCAUAUGAUAGCCAGGAUCUGAAAGCUACUUCUGAUUUUAAAAUAUUCUUUGGAGAAUACACCGAAAUAGCAGGAUACGCUAAAUCUACACUAUGGGUGUCCUGCAAAGAUAAAAAUGAUCUUGACAUCGCAUUGCAAAUUCGCAAGGUUUCCCGAGACGGCAAGCCUCUGGAGCACCUCAAUUAUCCAUGCCCUGUUCCAUGCGAACAAGUGCCAGACGUCAAUACCGCCAAGUGCUUAGGACCACAAGGGUUUCUUCGUGCCUCGCAUCGUAUCACGAAAGACCCCGAAAGAUCCACGGAUCAGGAGGUAUUUUAUAGGCACGAUAAACGCGAGUCAAUUCCACCAGGCUCUAUCGUCGAGCUCGAGAUCACCCUUUGGCCUAUCGGAAUGGUAUUUGCUCCUGGCGAAGGAUUGAUGUUGCGCGUUUCCGGUCAUGAUAUGUGUUACCCGGAGACCGAGACGAUUGGUAUGGAGCCAGUUAGCAAUGAGAAUAUAGGGGAGCAUGUUAUUCAUACCGGAGGGAAGUACGAGUCGAAUCUGAUACUACCAUUCAUUUGA